GCAGAGAAACUGUGCACACACUCACGCACCUUCAACUGCAGCAGCAUGUUCAAAUGUGGAGAGGGGAUUUAUCUGAAUGAUAGGAAAAAAAGGAGGAAAAGCCAAACAAACGCAACGAGUGACUCGAACGACCAUGAAUAUGAUGAAGCAGCUGUGGUCUCUGGCGCGCAUUGCCCUGCCCGGUGUGGGAUUUGCAUCGGCGUGCGUCGGGGCCUACCUGGUGUCCCUGGAGACGGAAUACACCUGGAGGAUCGUCCUGGCCUAUAUCAUGAUCGUCGUCGGCUUACUGCUCAUCCUCAUUGGGGUCUUCUGGACGAUCUGUAACAGCAUGAAGAGUAAGAUGUACCAGAGAGGAGGAGGUGAACAGCACAUCCAUGUCUACACUGUUGAAAGACCAAGCUCCUUUCCGCCCUCGUACGAGGACUCCCAGGGAAGCCGAUUCUCCUCCGACGCGGCGCCCGAGAUUGUGGUGGUGGUCGACGGCGUGGAUGUCGUGAUGAGUCCCGCUCCUCCACUGUACAGCCGGGACAGCUCCGAGGCCCCAGACUGCACGUGGAGCUGGGAGCAGCCUCCUCGAUACAGCCAGGUCGAACGUAUUCAGCAGGGGCGGGUGGACGCCGAAGAGCGGCGGGAGGCCUUAUCCAAACACUGAAGGAUGAACGUCGCCGUGCCGUCUGAGAGACAAAGUGCCGAUAUGAGACCCUUCCAGGGCUGAGCUAAGUUCCAGAAAAAAAUGGGAAGGUGCACCGUUGGAUCGCUUCGCUGCACAUCGAUAGACCACGGUGACAUGUUGACAUCACCUUUGUGCCGUGGAUCUACAUUCAGCGCUUGACCUCUGAACUCUGCUGAGGCUUGCUCCAGCCCAGAGGUAUUUAUACAACUACAGCCCGUGCAGUCAAACUGCGGUUCUGUGUUGAUGUUACUCAGGCGGUUAUGUCUCUGGCUCUCCCGAAGCAAGGAAGAGCUCCACAUUUGAGGAUGAACUGAUGACAAAUAACCAAGGACAGUAUUAAUCCAGUUGGUGUCCAUCAAUGUGCUAAUUGACAGACAUUAUUUAUUAUUUUUCCUGCACUGUAGUUCCAAAUUGUGCACUGUACGGUAAGCUUGUAUUUUUUUUUUAUGUUUAGAAGUGAGUGAUGCUGUCCCUCAUCUAGGGAAGUUUGUGUUAUGGAAUAAAAAUAUCAGGUGAUGAGCCAU